AUUGGCUGUUUACCUUAAAGUCUCGGAAGUGUCACUUUUAGCUAAAGUUUGGCAUUUGCGGCUCAGCGGCAGCGGCUCCGAACGGACCUGUGACAUUUAAGAUUAAAUGGCGGCCAUUAAGCACUGAGACAGGGGGCGGCAGGAUGUCUGUGGAGGUGGACCUGCUGCUGCAGGAGGCGAAGGAGAGCAUCGAGGCGGCCCAGAACUACCGCAGCGAGCUCCAGCAGCGUCUGCACGGCCUCAACCAGGCGCGCAAACAGAUUCGAGGCAGCUCAGGUCAGGCCCGCGAGGCUCUCAAGAGGCACUUCACCGAGCUGCAGGCGGCGGCGGGUCGCCUGCUGUCGGAGCGACUGGCCGGCCUGCUGGCCGAGGUCGACGCCAUCGAGGCCGACAGCAUCAAACCUCUGGAUGACUGUCAGAGCCUCAUCGAGCACGGCGUGGGACAGGCCGACGAGCUGCUGAGGGAAGGAGAAGCAGCUCUGCGAUGUGGCCUCGGGGAGAAGGAGGACAAACUGGGCAGCUUUACGAAGAAAGCCCUGCACAUCCAGCUGGACAGUCUUCCUGAGGUUCCCGCGUUGGUGGACGUCCCGUGUGUUUCAGCCCAGCUUGACGACUCGCUCCUGAGCCUGCUGAGGGACCGGGUGUCCCGCCACGGCUGCGUCUCCUCCCAUCCGCCCGUCCAGAUAGAGGAGCUGCAGGAGAGGCCGGGCAGCGUCCUGGUCCGCUGGUGUAAGGUGGACGAGGACUUUGCUGCUGCAGAUUAUCGGCUGCAGUACCGGCGGUCGGGCAGCGGGGGGAGCCAGUACGAGGACGCCUACAUUGGUCGGGACUGUGAGUUCCUGGUUCUCCACCUGGAUCCUCACACAGACUACCUGUUUCGGGUCUGCGCCCGUGGAGAGGGCCGCACCGAGUGGAGUCCCUGGAGCAUCCCGCAGACGGGCUACACCACCCUGGCUGCACACGAGUGGCGUUCAGGGACAGAAGGCUACAUCCUGAGCAGCAGGAAAAACAUCGCCCUGCGGAACGACUCCUCCCAGGGCCGCAGCACCGUCCUUUACUCCAACGCCCCCACCUACUUCUGCGGGCAGACGCUGACCUUUAAGAUCUCUGCAGCAGGUCAGCUCAGCCGGCUGGACAGCCUGGGGGUUUGCAUCGACGCUCAGAGCGGCGAGGAGUCUCUGCAGAGAGACCAGGCCGUCUGCAUCUCCACCAACGGCGCCGUUUUCGUCAACGGUAAAGAGAUGACCAAUCAGCUUCCAGCCAUCACCGUGGGCUCGGCCGUGACCUUUGACAUGGAGGUGGUCAACCUGCUCCCCAUCAGCAACAACAACCUGAGCGAGGGCGGCCAUUUUAAGCUGAGGGUGACCAUCGGCUCCGGGAACAGGGAGGUGGUCUUUGAUUGGCUGGUGGACCAGGCGGUAGACUGCCUCUUCUUCGGCUGCUCCUUCGUCCACUCCGGCUGGAAAGUCCUCGUGUUUUAGGAAGAUGAAUCGUUCCAUUUUUUUUUUUUUUUAACCUUCUCUUGUCUUUUGACGGUGAGCAUCCGGUCCUCAGGCAUCCAGGACCCCUGGGAUCGCAGCGACCUCCACCACGCUGAUGGAGCGCAACGUUUCGCACAUCAAAACCCGCCCCUUUAUUUUCCCUUCAUGAUUUUCUAUUAACUAAUUAAAUCAAAAAUACAACUUUUCUUUAAAGAUCAGUUUUAAUGGUUUUCAGUUACAUAGAUCUUUCACUAUUUUAAUUUUUGUUUCAAUCAGAAGGUUUAAAGUUACUGCGCCAAAUUUAUAUCCGCUCAAAAAUACUUUAAACUCAAAACGUACCGACCCUGUGAUGGAAGUCUUAAUCUAAAGAACACAUUGGAGAUCUUUACUGUUUUUGUCUUAACUGCUUGGAAACUGCCAUGAAAUAAUUCACAAAAUGUAAUUGAAUGAUCAGGAAAAAUGAAAAAGAGAAAUUUUACCAAAACAAAAAAAACGAUCAUCCUUCAUCAAGGGGGAAAUCAUAGUGGGCCUAAUAUUGUACCCUGAGGGAUCCCGUAGUCAAUUAGAGCAUCUGAAGUGGAAUUCUGCUCCCCUUUCCCGCUCUAUGGAUAUCAAAUAUCUGAUCCCUUUGGAGGAAGAAAGAUUUAAUCCACUUUAAUCUGGAAUCUUCCUCUUUUGUUCAACUCAAAAAACGUUUCAAAUAGUUGAUUCUUGCCUUUAGCUUUCACUCCAUUGCAGUAAAUAGUUCUGAUUUAGACCAAAUGGAACAGCUAGCCAAACACGACUUUUAUCCUGCCGGUUCCUUAAUCUGCCUUUCAUUGAGACGGCUAAUCUGAUUUGUUAACGGGGGAAAUCAUACGGCCCAAAUAUGGUACCCUGAGGGAUCCCAGGUUUAAUAAGGUAUAAAAAAAAAAUAAAAAAAAAAAAAAUUCUUAGUGAUUAUAAGGAGAGAAAACGGGA